AAAAAAAACCACAGUCAAUUAUAUUGCCCAGGGAUAUUUUAUAGAAAUUUAUUUAGAGUCGCACUCGUAGCCGAGUUUCGUUUUUUACGAGUAUACACCUGUAGGAUAUCGCUUCGACCGAGAGGGGAGCAGACACCAAGCGAAGCCAAUAUAGCCACAGAAGAAAAAAAAGUUGGGACGGGCUGUCCUCGCUCGUGCAUCCAAUGUCUUUUGUGCAUGACUAGAGUGCCAAAAAGUGGAGGGGCCUACGGUACCAUUGCGGAAAUAACGCAGCCGAGGGAAGCAGGACGUAAGAAGUGAGCGUGACUGCGGAGCGCACGGGUACGCGCCAAGGCUUCAGAGAUGUCGGUGUUCUUCUUCCGGCUGCACAACCUGCGCCGGCAGGCCGAAGAGGCGCGCAAGAAGCGCGAUCGUCGUAGCGGCCAGUCGGUCCAGCGCGGCCAGAGCUGCGGGGACGAGCCCCAACCAACCGCGGGCUCGAUGCAAAGCUGCGACCGCGUGCACCGGGGCCCGAGCAAGCUCUUCGAGCGGGCGCCCUUGCAGCCCAGCGACUCGCUCGACGAGAUUGCCCUACAGAUACCAAGAGUCCGGGUCGAGUACUACGUGAACGAAAACACAUUCAAGGAACGGCUUCAGCUCUACUUCAUCAAGAACCAACGCUCGAGUCUCAGGAUACGCUUGGCCAAUCUAUUUUUCAAGCUGCUGACAUGCUUCCUGUACAUAUUUCGCGUGGUGACCGACAGCGAUCCUACGUUUGCCGCUUGUUACGGGUGCACGCCCGGGAACAAGACGGAGUUCCUGCUUUCGCAAAACCUCACGGAGGAAGAAUUCCAGGAGCACCCGACCAUCAAUUGGGACGCGAUACUUUGGGUGCGGCGGCCCUUCGAGCUAUGGAUCAUACAGGUCAUACUUGCCAUCGUCUCACUCACCGAGGCUUUACUUCUUGCCUACCUCGGAUACAAGGGCAACAUCUGGCAGCAACUCCUGUCCUUUCACUUCAUCCUCGAGUUGGCCAACACGAUACCAUUCACCUUCACGCUUCUGUACCCACCCUCGAGAAACCUUUUCAUACCGGUUUUCCUCAACUGCUGGCUGGCGAAGCACUCCCUGGAGAACAUGUUCAACGACCUGCACCGAGCCAUGCAAAAGUCCCAGUCGGCUCUGAGCCAGCAGCUGAUGAUCCUCAGCGCCACCCUCCUCUGUCUCGUCUUCACAAGCGUCUGCGGCAUCCAGCACUUUCAGCGAGCGGGCCACCGUCACCUCAAUCUCUUCCAGAGCACGUACUACGUCGUCGUGACUUUCUCCACCGUCGGCUACGGUGACUUUGUGCCCGACAUCUGGCCCUCCCAACUCUACAUGGUCAUCAUGAUCUGCGUCGCCCUCAUCGUCCUGCCGACACAGUUUGAGCAGCUCGCGUUCACGUGGAUGGAAAGGCAAAAGCUCGGCGGCAGCUACUCGUCGCACCGGGCGCAGAGCGAGAAACACGUCGUUGUCUGCAGUACGACCCUCCAGGCGGACACGAUCAUGGAUUUUCUCAACGAAUUCUACGCGCAUCCACUACUCCAGGACUACUACGUGGUGCUGCUGUCGCCGAUGGAGCUCGACACGACGAUGAGGAUGAUACUGCAGGUGCCCAUCUGGGCGCAGAGGGUCAUCUACAUCCAGGGCUCGUGCCUCAAAGACGGAGACUUGGCGCGCGCGCGGAUGAACGAGGCCGAGGCGUGCUUUGUACUCGCCGCCCGGAACUACGCGGACAAAUCGGCAGCCGACGAACAUGCAGUACUCAGAUCUUGGGCAGUGAAAGACUUUGCUCCGGGCGUGCCACAGUACGUGCAGAUCUUUCGACCAGAGAACAAGUUGCACGUCAAGUUCGCCGAACACGUGGUGUGCGAGGACGAGUUCAAGUACGCCCUGCUGGCUAACAACUGCACAUGCCCCGGCGCCUCGACUCUCGUUACUCUACUGCUGCACACUUCACGGGGACAGGAGGGCCAGCAGUCGCAGGAGGAGUGGCACAGGCUGUACGGCAAGUGCUCGGGCAACGAGAUCUACCACAUAAUCCUCGGGGACUCGCGCUUUUUUGGCGAGUACGAGGGCAAAUCCUUCACCUACGCGUCCUUUCACAGCCACAGAAAAUACGGGGUUGCCCUCGUCGCGGUCAGACCCGCCGAGCUGCCAGAGUUCUACGAGGACACCAUUUUGCUUAACCCAGGACCCAGACACAUCAUGAAGAAGACGGAUACGUGCUACUACAUGAGCAUAACGAAGGAGGAGAACUCGGCCUUCGUGGUGGCGAACCACACGGUGAACAACGUGGCGAGCGACUCGACGCAGGUGGUGAUCGACAAGCCAGACAUGGCCGCGAUGAUGGCGGCGGCGGCGGCAGCUGCAGCAGCGACGACCACGACUCCGGGAACGACGACGACCUUGACUACCGCGACGUCGCUGACGACGGGCUGCGCCAAUGGUACUACCGCCACGGCUAGCGCGCCGAGCUUGAACAUAAUUACGGCUACGGACGAGGAUGACGAUGAUGAUGAUGAUGUCAAUGGUGUCGAUGUCGAUGACAAUGACGAUGAUGAUGAUGAUGAUGGUGGCGGCAGUUGCCGGCGAAAGUUGGGCCCGGGGGCCGCCGACGACGACGACAAGUCGACGACGGCUCUGUCAGCCGCUGCUGGUGACAAGCUAACGACCGCGACUUAUCUCGAUCCCGGAGGACUGAGCGACUCAAGGCAGUGCUUGAAGGAGCGAAGCUCGUCGCCGCAGCACCAGCUACCGAUGACUGGAAAUCAGCUCGGGGUCCCACAGUCGCACGAGCCGAACCCUAAUCUCCUCAGUCCCGAGACUGCCGCGCAGAUGGGAGGUUCGACCCGAAGACCGAGCAUCCUGCCAGUACCGGACAUGAUGAACUCGACGCUAACACUGCCGUGCCAAGAGUCGCUGGACAGGGAGGGUGACGAGUCCGAGGAUGAGAUGGAGGACGACGUGCCUUGGCGAUCGCCCAGCGAAAAGAUAGCUAUUGUCAAGGGGUGCCCGCCCGUCUCGCCGUUCAUCGGUGUCUCGCCGACUCUGUGCUACCUCCUCAAAGAGAAGAAGCCGCUCUGCUGCCUGCAGCUCGCACAGGUCUGCGAGCACUGCAGCUACAGGAACGCCAAGGAAUACAAUUGGCAGAACAAAACGAUCAUACUGGCUGCGGACUACGCGAGCAAUGGCAUUUACAAUUUCAUCAUACCCCUCAGGGCCCACUUCAGAUCGAAAACCUCGUUGAACCCCAUAAUCCUACUGCUGGAGAGGCGUCCUGAAAUCGCCUUUCUCGAUGCCAUCUCGUACUUCCCGCUCGUCUACUGGAUGCUGGGCUCGAUAGAUUGCCUCGACGACCUGUUACGCGCCGGCAUCACCCUGGCCGAGAACGUCGUCGUCGUCAACAAAGAACUGAGCAACUCGGCCGAGGAGGACACCCUCGCGGACUGCAACACCAUCGUCGCCGUACAGACCAUGUUUAAAUUCUUUCCCAGCAUAAAGAGCAUAACAGAACUGUCCCAGUCGAGCAACAUGCGCUUCAUGCAGUUCCGUGCGCACGACAAGUAUGCCUUACACCUCAGCAAAAUGGAAAAGGUACUCCUCAGUACUACUCCCGGUGACAGCUACCCCGCUGAGCCUGCGUUGGGCUCCUCGCGAGAAAAGGAACGAGGCUCGCACAUAUCGUACAUGUUCCGACUGCCCUUCGCCGCGGGCAGUGUAUUCAGCGCUUCGAUGCUAGACACGCUGCUCUACCAAGCCUUCGUCAAGGACUACGUGAUAACUUUCGUGAGACUCCUCCUGGGAGUUGACCAAGCGCCGGGCUCCGGAUUCCUCACUUCAAUGAAGAUAACCAAGGAAGACAUGUGGAUAAGGACUUAUGGUCGACUGUACCAGAAGUUGUGCUCGACUACCUGCGAAAUUCCUAUCGGUAUUUACAGGACGCAGGACACGUCCAUUGUCGAAACCUCGCACGGUGAUUCGGACGCGGAGAGCGACACCGGGGUCGGCGUGUCGUACAAGAUACGCAACUCGACUGCCGCGUCCUGCUUAGCAAAUUGCACCAACCGCGACAAAGGCGCCUCAGCUUACUCGGUGAAUCUAGGCGACGAGGCGCGCGACAACCACUCCCAGCAGAUCGAACGCGCCGAGAUCGCGAACCUCGUGCGCUCCCGCAUGGAGUCUCUGAACUUGCCCACCGCCGACUACGACGACGUCUCGGAGAAGCGCAACAGCCUGUCCUACGUGAUAAUCAACCCUUCGUGCGACCUGAAGCUCGAGGAGGGUGACAUCGUCUACCUGGUGCGGCCCUCGCCCUUCUCCGCCCAAAAAACCUUCGAGCGGCACAACUCGCGCCGCAAGAGCAACAUCAGCUUCUGCUCGGCCCAACUGCCCGGCCAGCUCAACUCGGCCAUCAUCUCCGCGGCGGGCGGCUGUCUCCCCGGCAGCAGGCGGGGCUCGGGCAUCAGCAUCUCCAGGGCACCCCCGCUCAGCACCACCAAGUCCAACUCGCUCUCGCUCCCCGACAGCCCGACCAUCACCGGAAACUUCCGGGGCAGGUCCAACUCGUUGCGCAUCGUCGACGACUUGCUCCUCAGGCGCAGCAACUCCCUCAGACAGGGCCUCAGCGUGAACUCGCGGCGCAAGAGCAGCCUGGAGGACAUCGGACUGGGGGCGCUGUCGCACCCCAUGAACCACAACCCGAUCAAGAUAGCGCUGAACGGCUCGAUCGGGCUCGAGGUUACGCCACCGGAGGAGGGUGGCUCCCAGGGGGGUAGCAGUGCAAGCAACACUGGUAUCCUCGGGGACAUUGGGCUACCGUCGAUGUCGGCGUUGGGGCCAGGCCUGUCGUCGCCGGUUCUGGGUUCUGGGCUGGGCGGCUCGAUGGGUGGCCUCUACGAUUCGGCGCCGGCCUAUCCUGGCAGCCAGUCCGGUAUGGGGCACAGCUCGCAGCAACAGCACCACCAGCAGGGCGGACCGACCCAGGACCCACAGCACAUACAGGGAACGAUCGUAUGAUACCAAUUUAUGUGGGGACGCGGUAUAUCCAAGGUAGUGCGAAACAAGUGGCUGUAGGCGUGCCCCACGUGCUUUAGGACUCCUGUAUCCACUCGUAGGUGGAUACACGGCUCUUUUGGUCUGUUGUUAUUUGUGUUCCUUUUACCUCCUCCCCCACUUUAUUAACAUCUUUUUUGGUUUUCAUUCGUUUUCCUUUUCAACUUUUGUUUCCGUAUACUCGUGUACAGUUGAGGCAAAGAGUGAUGGAGUGUUGAUUUUCCGCCUGGGCUCGAGGAGGACGACGAAAAUCCACUCGGGACUCUUUGCGCCACAGUUUUUCAUGAGUAAAAAAUUUGGCACUGGGCCACUUGGAUAAACUAAUUUAGUGGUUUUGAUUAGUUGU